AUGUCUUCCUCGAUAACACUGGUACUGCCCUUGAUUUCAACGGGGAACGUUCCCCAGCUGGCCACAGAUUUGAUUUUACAUUCCCUGUCCGCCGACUUUUCGUUCGUGCAGGAUCUGGAUUCCACGUACUUGCAUCCGUUUGUGGGUCCAUUGGACUACACUAUAGAUGAUUUACAGGGGAAUGGAUCUCUUGGGCCAGAUACUCCACAGCUCUAUAGGGACCAUCUGGCCACCAAGAAGUUUUCAUCCGCUUUGGAACUGUUUGCCAACAAGGAUAAAACCGUAUACAUAGUCCAGCAGAGGACACCUAUAGUGCAGGGUUACAUCAACAGUUUCACUAUGGAGGUUAUAAUACCGCUUAUUCAGGAAUUGCAGGCUACGAACGUCACCGUGUUGGACUCGUACGGGACGCUGGACGAUAUUGCCGCGCCCAGGGGUGCAGUGGCGGAACUCGGUGCAGCAACCGGUGGGAAUUUUAGCAACCUUUCAAUUGGUGUGUGUCAAGUGAAAUCAAUUGCGGACAUGAUCGAAAAUUUCCAGACGGUUCUCAACUUACAGCUGGACCCAGAUUCCGCAGUUCAUUACACAAACUCGCUAUUUACGUUCAGCUCGAACAGCCCGUUACAAGAAAUCUCCACCAGCCAGCAGGUUUUCAAAAUGGCUUACCAUAUAUUGAAUUGUCCCUCAAUGACCACUUUGAAGGAAAUUAAAUACGCAUCUCUGUUUGUUCACGAGGGGGACAAUUCGGUUGAUGCAAUGCUGUUGUGCGAACAUCUGCCCCAAUUGAUAGAUGCCCCGGUUUUGAAGAUCGAAAAGUUUAAAACGCCAGUGUCAUGGAAGGGUGUGUAUGGACUGAACAGUGUACCUUCUACAAUGGACGAAGGUAUCUACAUUUGA